CAGAUCGGGCCGAGUCGACGAAGCUCCAAAUCCAAUAGGACUAACUGUAUCGGUUCUAGGAAAGCCUCUUUGAAACCCAUUUCCCAAAUUCCGGUCCCCAACAGAAUCAAAUUGAAAUUCCAAUUCGAAUUGAAAUUCCGAUUCUUUUGACAAAGUUCAAUUGAAUUAAACUCAAUUACCAUAUAUUUGAGGCGUUCGAUCGGAGAUCGUCUGCAAUGGCUACCACGGAGUCUCCGGGUGCUGUUAAAAAAGUGGUUGUUCAUCUGAGAGCUACUGGUGAUGCUCCUAUACUCAAGCAAACCAAAUUCAAGAUUCUUGGAACUGACAAGUUUGCUAAAGUGAUUGAGUUUCUACGAAGGCAACUUCACAAGGAGACCUUGUUUGUAUAUGUAAACAGUGCAUUCUCGCCGAACCCAGACGAAUUGGUGAUUGAUCUGUAUAAUAAUUUUGGUUUUGAUGGUAAACUGGUGGUUAACUAUGCUUGCUCCAUGGCAUGGGGCUGACACUCAGGUUCGGGCUGGCGCACAUAUAACUAUUCUUAAUGUAAGUGAACACAAAAGAUUUCAUUCUGCACAAGCAGAGGGAACGUGAGUUUUCGUCAACUGAAACUUCUGAGCAGGUGGAGAUACAGUAGAAAAGACCAUAGUUCAAAACAUUUUCUUUUUGUAUAUAUGCUAUGAUUUUCUAUUGGUAGGGAUGUAACUUUUGUUACUUCUCCAUCAAAAUCCAAGAUGUAAUGUCAAAACUGGAUUCGUAAUGUUAUUAUUCAUCAAAUUUACCUUUA